CUACACAGUGUAUUGUUCGUGCUUCGACACCGAUGCCUGUCGAAACAUCAGUUGGCGUUCCAACUAUUUUAUACUGAACACUGUGCCACUUUAUGACAGCUCAUUCACCAAUGCAAUACUUUAACUCAUACAUAGCGAGACGCUUAUUGGUAACUCAUCUGUCAUUUGAGCACGGUGCUCCAUUCACAGUCGAGGUUAAAAUACUCCUAACAACGUAACCACCCACCAUAUUGAAAAAGUAGUUUAUCGGUGAAUGAUGAACAAGACGUUAAAGUAGUGAAUUCGGAUCGUAAAGUUUAAUGUAUUUAAAACAAAAUGUCGGGGAAUUUCGGAAUGCAGCAGUUAAUCCCCAUUGUAAACAAACUACAAGAUGCAUUUGUGCAAAUGGGCGUGCACAUGUCUUUAGAUCUCCCACAAAUUGCAGUUGUGGGUGGCCAGUCCGCUGGAAAGAGUUCAGUGUUAGAAAACUUUGUCGGCAGGGAUUUUCUGCCCCGUGGCUCCGGUAUUGUAACUCGUCGUCCCUUGAUUCUGCAGCUCAUUCAUGGAAACGCAGAAUAUGCGGAGUUCCUCCACUGCAAGGGCAAGAAGUUCGUGGACUUCAAUGAGGUGCGAUCGGAGAUCGAGGCGGAGACGGACCGCAUCACGGGCUCCAACAAGGGCAUCUCGCCUGUGCCCAUCAACCUCCGCGUCUACUCGCCCAACGUACUUAACCUGACGCUGAUCGACUUGCCCGGGCUGACGAAAGUGCCCAUCGGCGACCAGCCGGUCGACAUCGAAGCCCAGAUUAAGGGGAUGAUCUUCCAGUUCAUCCGGCGGGAGUCCUGCCUGAUCCUCGCCGUCACCCCGGCUAACACCGAUCUGGCUAAUAGCGAUGCUCUCAAACUUGCCAAAGAAGUUGACCCACAAGGUCUGCGCACGAUCGGUGUGAUCACGAAGCUGGAUCUGAUGGACGAAGGUACCGACGCUCGCGACGUGCUGGAGAACAAGCUGCUACCGCUGCGCCGCGGGUACAUCGGCGUCGUCAACCGCUCGCAGAAAGACAUCGACGGCCGCAAGGACAUUACUGCCGCGCUCGCUGCUGAGAGGAAGUUCUUCCUCAGCCACCCCUCAUACCGGCACAUCGCGGACCGCCUCGGGACCCCGUACCUGCAGCGCGUGCUGAACCAGCAGCUCACCAACCACAUCCGCGACACGCUGCCCGGCCUGCGCGACAAGCUUCAGAAGCAGCUGCUCACCCUGGAGAAGGAUGUCGACCAGUACAAACACUUCCGGCCCGACGACCCCUCCAUAAAGACCAAGGCCAUGCUGCAAAUGAUACAACAACUGCAAACCGACUUCGAGCGUACUAUUGAGGGUUCCGGCUCUGCACAAAUCAACACCAAUGAGUUGUCGGGCGGCGCCAAGAUCAACCGGCUCUUCCACGAGAGGUUCCCCUUCGAGAUCGUCAAGAUGGAGUUCGACGAGAAGGAGCUGCGGCGCGAGAUCGCCUUCGCUAUCCGGAAUAUCCACGGUAUCAGGGUGGGGUUGUUCACGCCUGACAUGGCGUUCGAGGCCAUCGUGAAGAAGCAGAUCGGGCGGCUGAAGGAGCCGUGCCUCAAGUGCGUGGAUCUCGUCGUGCAGGAGCUCUCCAACGUCGUCCGCAUCUGCACUGAGAGGAUGUCGCGCUACCCGCGCCUGCGCGAGGAGACGGAGCGCAUCAUCAUGUCGCACGUGCGCUCGCGCGAGAACCAGUGCAAGGACCAGCUCGUGCUGCUCAUCGACUGCGAGCUCGCCUACAUGAACACCAACCACGAGGACUUCAUAGGAUUCGCCAAGUCUCACGCUAGAUCUGGUCUGAACGCAGAAAACGUCUCCUCUAGUGCUCAAAACCAAUCGGAGAACUCGGCCAAGUCGGGGCACCGCGCGCUCGGUAACCAGGUUAUCAGGAAAGGUUACAUGUGCAUACACAACCUGGGCAUCAUGAAAGGAGGUUCCCGCGAUUACUGGUUCGUUCUCACGUCGGAAAGCAUCUCGUGGUACAAGGACGAGGAGGAGCGCGAGAAGAAAUACAUGCUGCCGCUCGACGGCCUCAAGCUGCGCGACCUGGAGCAGGGCUUCAUGUCGCGCCGCCACAUGUUCGCGCUCUUCAACCCCGAGGGCAGGAACGUCUACAAGGAUUACAAGCAGCUGGAGUUGUCAUGCGAGACCCAGGACGACGUGGACUCGUGGAAGGCGUCCUUCCUACGCGCCGGCGUCUACCCUGAAAAGACAUCGGAGGCAGCGAACGGCGAAGAGGGUGAAGGAACAGAGAGCUCGGACACCGGCGGCUCCAGCAGCAUGGACCCGCAGCUCGAGCGGCAGGUGGAGACCAUCCGCAACCUGGUGGACUCGUACAUGCGCAUCGUGACCAAGACCACGCGCGACCUCGUGCCCAAGACGAUCAUGAUGAUGAUCAUCAACAACGCCAAAGAUUUUAUCAACGGGGAGCUGCUGGCGCAUUUGUACGCGUCCGGUGAUCAGUCGCAAAUGAUGGAAGAAUCACCCGAGGAAGCGCUGAAACGUGAGGAGAUGCUCCGCAUGUACCACGCGUGCAAGGAGGCGCUGCACAUCAUCGGCGACGUGUCGAUGGCGACCGUGAGCACGCCCGUGCCGCCGCCCGUCAAGAACGACUGGCUCGAGAGCCGGCUCGACUCCAACCCGCGCCUGUCGCCGCCCUCGCCCGGCGGCCCGAGGCGCGCUGCGCCUGCUCAGCAAGGCUCUAUGGGACAACGUGGUGCUCCGCCCCCGCCCGGCGCAGGCACAGGCCGGCCGGCGCCCCCGCUGCCGUCGCGGCCUGGCGGAGCGGCGCCGCCGCCCCCUGGCGGCCGCCCACAGCCCGGCGGAGGCCUGCCUGCCCCGCUCAUACCGACGCGGCCGGGCGCGGGCGGCGCGGCGGGCGCCAUGCAGGCGGCGGGCGCGGCGAACGCGGCCAUGAAUCAGCUGCCGCCGCACAUGCGACAGCAGAUCAACCAGGCCGUGGGCCAGGCCGUCACGAACGCCGCCAUGAACGAGCUCAGCUCCGCCUUCGCCAGAUUCAACCGACCUGUUCCGAACGUGCCGCCGAAGUUGCCCGAGCGACCACAGAACGGACGACCAUUUUGAACUCCUUCGCCGCCAUGUUGUGAUACGCUGCACUGUAAAUAUAUAAUAUCCUAUUUCUCUGUAUAUUGCUUUAAUUCUAUUUAUUUAAGCGUUAUUAUGUUGCGGUCUGUAAGUUAUAAUUAAAGUUAGCAUAAUUUAGGAUCGUUCAAUUGAAAUUAGUAUUAUCUAUAUGAAAGUCAGGUGUGAUUGUGUCUUAUUAAGUUGCGACUAUGUGAUAAGAUGUUAUUGAAUCCCUUUUUAUGAAUUUAACGUUAUGUAAUCAAAAGAGUAUACUUAGAUGUUGCAAGCAAGACUUAUUGAGAAGUGCGGUGUCCUAUGAAUAUAAUCAAUAUUUUUAAUGUGACAAUAAUAAUAGGUCAAUCUAUCCGUUAUCGUUCAAGUAAUCCAGAAUGAUUAUUUUUGUGUAACGAAGCGCUCUGUAGGUUUCCUUAACUGAUGUGUGUACACUACUAUUAUACAUAUAUAUAAAUGUUGAGCACAUCCACUGCCAGCGACCCGCUAGGCGGGUUAUCUUCGUAAGCGCUUUUCGCUAUAAAGCGUGUUAUCGGCUACACUCGCAGCGCGUACCUCGCGCUGGCAGUGAAUGGGGUAACUGAAACGACUUCAUGUUAGACAUGUUCCUAGUGUUAUUUAAAUUAAUAAACUCGAAGAACUCUCGUGCGAUAUUAUUUAAUGUCAGAAAUGCGUAUUUAAAAUUUCUAAUGUAGGAAAUUUUGAUUUAAGUAUUUCCUAAUAGUAUAUAGUAUAUGUAUAUUCGAAGGCGUUUUGAAAAGUAUUGGUUGUAUGUGGUUAUUGACCAUUGUAUCUAUAAUAAUGGACUAUGUAAUUUUAUACCAUUGAAAUUAUGUAUGUAUUUAAAAUUCCAUAUUAUAUUGCGUACAUCUCAUUGACAUUGUAAUUUAUCAAUAAUUGUUAUAUUCUUAUUAGAGCACACAUUCAUUUGGUCUAGGGUGUAUAUGGGUGUGGACGCUAAAGCUUGUACAGUCAGCGUCAAAUACUUUGUAGCAACCAAAGUAGCCAAAUAGUUCGGUACACCCUAUAUUUAGUAUGGUGUAACGAACUAUUUGGCCACUUUGACUGCUACAAAGUAUUUGACGCUGACUGUACCAUAACGAACAACAAUUGUACAUGUGUAGGUAUGGAAAUAUUACAUGUACCUACAUUAGGCGCGUUCUGUAAUGUUUACUGAACGCGCUUAAUGCGCCAUAAUAACUAUAUUCAGCGGCUAGACCCAUACAAUUUAUCCUUUUACACAUUUACUGCCAGGAAUGCGCUUAGUGAGCGCUCGUAACUUUUGCUCAGAUGCCAGACAAGACAACCCGCGAGGCGGGUGGUUGCUAAAGGUAGCCAUAGAGGGUUUCAGCGUCGGCGACGUUUGAGGUUAAUAAUUGUUUAAGUUUAGGUUCUAAGUCAAGUUUGAUAUCAUUUUUAACUAAAUCUAAGAUUUAGACGUAGAUUUAAUUCCCAGAAUCUUUAGAAUUUGGAACCUUGACUUAUUUAAUCAAAGUUAAAAUUUCGUUUUAGAAUAAAGCCUUUAUAAGCGCCUGGGACUCGGGAGGCUAUACUAGAUUUUAAAUAAUUGAUUCAACGGUUUAUAGUAAAAAACUUAUUUUUUAUGACACCAUAAAUGAAUUCAGCAUCCCAGAUAUAUACGAAAACGAUAUCCAACUUAGCCUAGCAGCUUAAAUGAUAUAUAUAUAUAUAUAUAUAUAUAUAUAUAUAUAUAAAGCCCCCACCCGCCUAAAAUUUUACAUCAAAAAUCUUGGCUCCACUCCGUAAAUCCAUCCUUGGGUUCUAAAGACUAAUCCUGCCAAAGGAAAUCUUUUGUUCACGAAACGCCAUAUUUCAUGAGCUACAAGUCUAUACGCUUUUAAAGCUUAACAACUCUCAACUGAAAGUACUCGUAGUGUCCAUUAAUGUGUUAAAGGAUCUCUUCCAGUUAAUCUUCGUAGAUAUGUUUGAUAUGACUUAAAUUAUGAAAUACAUUUACGGUUUAAUUCUUUGCCUGGCACUGAAUGUGUUGAAUCCAGUCGUCUAAAACAAGGGUUCUAUUCAAACGGCGGCGAAAAAGCGACUAGCGAUAGAUUAUUUACUCGCGCUAGAAACGUACAUGUAGAUGAAUUCCGUGUCAAUAAACAUAAUUCAUAUUAAUCGUCACGCAAAGUGAGUUUUUUUUAAGAGAAAACUUUUUUCAUGUCUAUUUUCGCUCAUCGUCGACGGUGGGAUAGUUUCCAUAGGUAAUAGGUCGCUCAGAUAAUAAAUAUGCAGUAAAUUAAUCAAAGACACUGAGAAUAACCGAGAGCAUCAGCAUUAAGUCAAAAGGUACAACGUGAAUAGUUUCUUAUGUAGGUGACCUGAAGAAAUGUGUCGAAGUCUAGUCAAAAGUCCCAUUUUUUCGCUUACUAUAAGGAUGAAAUUUCCUUGUAUCUUUAUACGAAUAACCUGUCAAAGCGUCCUUAUGGCAAGCGUCAAAGUGGGACUUUUUGCUUGGAAGCGACACAAAUAGAGCCAAGCAAUUACGAAACUAAUGAGCAGGGCCCGUACAAUCGUACAUUUUAUGCCGUUGAAGCAAAAAUUACGUAACUUAACAUACAGGGCGUUUUUUUAACGCUACAAAUUUUGAUAAAUAACCUAUUGAUGAGUAGAAAAAUCAAUGUACCUACUUGUUACGUAAAAUAUACUGUUCAAAAUCCGACCGACCGGCUUGCGGCUAUACAAAUGUGGGAAUCGUACCUAUGUCAUCGCGAUAAGGUUUGAGAAUUGUCCGUUGACAUGAUGAUGGCUAAUUCCUUGCGGUGACAAUAAAUUUUUGGCGCCAAUUGUUUUCUUCUACCACUAUUUAGGGGGAGUCGAUUAUAUCGUACCAGUUUUCACUUAAACGUGGAUAUUUUGAUUUUGAAAAACCAUUAUACGUCUUGUACAGUCAGCGUCAAAUACUUCGUAACAGUCAAAGUAGCCAAAUAGUUCGGUACACCAUAUAUUUAGUAUGAUGUACCGAACUAUUUGGCCACUUUGACUGCUACGAAGUAUUUGACGCUGACUGUACCUUCAUGUAAAUUAAUAAUUUAAUUUAAUUUCAGCUAUUGCUGAUAUAGCUACUUUUAACUGGCAGUUAUAUAACGGUAUAUAACAUUGUGGGACAGAGACAACAUAAUACUAAAACACUAUCAAUAUUUCAUCAUCAGCCAAUAUGCGAGCACUAUAAAUACUAUACAAAAGUUAGGAGACUGUUAUAACCCCAUCUACUGAAACUGUUAUUUAUGUAACUGUCACUGUAUGUCAAUAUUACUGUAAUAGACUAAGAACUAAUCCUGGGAAGCGGUACGUGAAAAUGAGAGCAACGAAACUUAACACCAAACUCAAAACUUCAAAACUUGCAUCACAGAAGUGGCCUGCAUAACUUCCACCGAUGAACGGCUGUUACCUGAAUGUAAUAAUAAGAAUGGUGUACAAAUAAUUAUUAAGGCUCGUUGCUCUCAUUGUCAUGUACCAUUAUUAGGGGCUAGCUCUCCGUCUAUAAUAUCUUCUAACUUCGAGUUUAAUAGAAAAUCGAUUUUCUUAAUUUAAUUUUAAGAAUAUAAUGAACCUUUUAUUAGGCCGCAGACUGGCCACACGUGACCGGCGGCGCGAGCAGCGGUACGAUCGUUGCCGCCUUCGGCCAGAACCGAUUAAUUCAAGUUAAUUCAUUUAAAUCGAGUCGCACGAACCUACUGCUCGGGCCGCCCCGCUUGAGCGACUUGAUCAAAAUGUAUAGAAUUGAAUGGUUCUGUUCUGGACGGCGGCGGCGGAAGCGGGCGCCGCAAGCGUAUGUCAGGUCCGCGGUUUUCAACGCGUAAGGUAUAAACUGAUUUAAAAAUUAAAUGUAGAAGCAUCGGCUCCCCGAGGCACUUGAGGAUGUUCGAAGGUAGGCGGCAUUUAGUGGCAUUGUUUUCCCGGCCCGUGAACAAUGCCGAUACAUCACACGCAAAGAGAUUUAAAGACUAGUCAACAUUUUUUAUACUUUUUCUUGGAAUUAUUUUAUACUUUUAACGUAUUACUGUUAUUAAGUGGCCUUUUUGACACUGUUUUAGAAAUGACAAGCGUCAAAUUUAAUUUCUUAGCGGAAUGCUAUGAAUAUUGCUCGUAGUAUACCUACUGUCGUGUUGUUACAUAUGUACGAGUAGAUACCUGCCCAUAUUGGAAGACUUAAUUUAACUCACCACUGACUGGUGCAGAACAAUUUGUGGAAGGACCCACUAUAAACGAAAUAAUUUCGUGACACCUCCACACUUUGUCACAGAAAGGUCUGUACAGUGUUAGCUUGGUCGGACUUUAGGCGAUAUUAUUAGACACUAACAGUUGUGAGAAAUUAUGAAUUAUUCAAUGUAUGAUUACACAUUUAUGGUUUAGCGGCCUGUGUGUAUUAGUAAAUAAUAGAAAAUCUUAUACAAUUAUAAUUUAACCUACAAACAUAGCAAUACCGAUUUGCUGCUUAUAUCGCACUUACACUUAUAUUUGUAAUUUUAGCUUAUAUUUUUCUUAUCUUUUGUACAAUUUUCUUUUAGUUUUGACACUGAUAGAUUGAGUUGUACCACACGUGACCGGCCGUAGAGGCCGGUAUAAGCCGCGUGUUCGUCCCUGCCGAUCAUAAGUUUAUCUUUAAUACAUUCCCUAAAUGUGCAUUGUUCACGCGCCAGGAUUCUUUUGUAUAUAAUUAAUAUGUAAUUUAAUGUAACAUGGACUUGUUUAUAUUUCGCGUACUGUUGUACGCAAUUGUAAUAAAUGUGUAAUAUAAUAAAUUAUAAAAACAAG